GGCCUCCAGUUACAGUCGCCAUCUUCUAGUCGUCGAAAACGCAUAGAGAACGACGACAGGCGGCGGCCUGAAAUAAACCACGAAACCGGCGUUAUUUUUUCACCCAGUCAGGGCAGAACCGAUAGCUACAUGGUUUCAUGGACUGCCUGUUGAUCAAUGGUUAUGGUAUUGAUAAGGCCGGUGUAGGUUUCCCCGUGUCGCUCGGCUCAAAGAUGGACGACAACGCGGCGAGGGAAGAUGCCUGCCGAGAGUAUCAGUCCUCACUGGAAGACCUGACAUUCAACAGCAAGCCGCACAUCAACAUGCUGACCAUUCUGGCCGAGGAAAACCUCAACUUCGCCAAGGAUAUCGUCGCAAUUAUUGAAGCUCAAAUAAGCAAGGCCCCAGCUACCGAGAAGCUUCCAGUUUUGUACUUAGUGGAUUCCAUAGUGAAGAAUGUUGGAGGAGAGUACCUUGCAGUGUUUGCUAAAAACCUAAUCACUUCAUUUAUAUGUGUCUUUGAAAAGGUGGAUGAAAACACUAGAAAGAGUCUGUUCAAGUUGCGCUCGACGUGGGACGACGUGUUCCCCCUGAAGAAGCUGUACGCGCUGGACGUCCGGGUCAACUCUGUGGACCCGGCCUGGCCCAUCAAGCCGCUGCCGCCCACCGUCAACGCCAGUAUUCACGUCAACCCCAAGUUUUUAAAACAGUCUGAGGAGGCGUCCUCUCCGCAGCCGGCCACCCCCUCUCAGCCGGCGCCGGCUCCUGCCCCCGCCCCUGCUCCUGCACCUGCUCCGGCACCGGCGCCUGCUCCCGCGCCGGUGCCCCCCAUCAGCCAGUCCAGCCUGACCCAGGAGCAGCUGAUCCGGCAGCAGCUGCUGGCCAAACAGAAGCAGCUUCUGGAGCUUCAGCAGAAGAAGAUCGAGCUGGAGCUGGAGCAGACCAAAGCUCAGCUGGCCGGAGGAUUCGUGUUACCAACUCUGGCUCCAGUCUCGGCUCCGGCGGCACCGAGCGCCACGCCGAAGCCCGUCGCCCAGACCGCUCCCGUGGUCCGACCCCGGAUCCCUCCUCAGACUCAGUCCGACACCAAGCCGUCCACCAGAGAUCCCCGUCUGAACCGCACCGGGCCCCCAGCCAUCUCCCACCCCAAAGAACAGCCUGCUGGGAAAAAAGACAACCCCCCCACAACAGGAGGUCCCGUUCUGACGCCAGAGAAACGACUAGGGGAGAAGUCCGCCCGGCUGGACAAGACCAGGAUCCCGAGGAAAGAGGUCUCGGAGGAGAAGCCCAAGUCCAAGUCCCCGUCUCCGAUGGCUAAAAGUGUCCAGAGCAAGAACAGACAGGUGGAGGCGGAGCUUCAGAAGUCAGCUGACAGCACCAAGAAAGAUCCCAGGCUGAAGAAACGCACGCAAGACAAGACCGGAGACGCCAAAGACGAUGAGCUGAAGGAGAAAAAGAGAUGCAAUGACAAGAAGGAGAGAGAGGAGGUGGCGCAGGGGGCGGAGCCUCAGAGGUUCAACAAAGGGAAGCUGGUCAACGGCUCGGUCACCAAACACGACCGGGACGAGUCCACCGAGAAGGUCGAAUUCAAGACCGGGGGCAACGCCCGGACGCACGCCAGGAAACGCACCCGCUCUCGGUCAAGGUCGCGCUCCCCCGCCUCCUCCCCAAAGAGGAAGGACAGGCGGUCGCCCAAGGGCCGGACCAGGAGCAGCUCGCUGUCCCCGUCGCCCUCCCACAAACCCGGCAAAGCCAGGAGGGUCCGCGUGGACGAACCGCCGCACGGCAAGCCCGGCCGAGAGGACCGGAUCACGCCCAAGAAGAACCAAUCGGAGAGCAGGAGGUCCAAGAGGCCGUCGGAGGACCGGCACGCCGAGUCCAGAGACUCUCACUCCCCGCGAGGCCACGACGGAGGCAAGGAGGCGAAGGAGGCUCCUCACCGCUGGAGGAGCGGCUGGGAGGAGAACAAGCAUCUGAAGCUGUCGGACGAGUCUCACCUGAAGCCCGCACCUCCGCGACACAAACCCUACAGCACCCCCACCCGCCCCCCCACCCCCCGCACCCCGAAGCACCGCCUCAGUGUAGACGCCAACCUGCAGAUACCUGAAGUCCUCAACUCCGCCUCCAAGAAGGACCUGCUGAGGAGGGCCUCCAAACGUCUGGAGAGUGGCGAGAUUUCCCAGGAGGACUUCCUGAACAUGGCGCACCAGAUCAAACACUUCUUCCAGUACCAGGAGGAGAAGCAGCGUACGGAGAGCUGGGACGACCCGGACGAUUUCCCCUCCAAAAAGGACCCGCUGCUGACCACGCCCCCCUCCGCGCAGCCCCGCCCCCACGACAGCAUGGAUGCGGCGGAGCUGUCGUACUACGAGCACAAGUCCAAGCUGAGGAAGACGCAGGUCACCCACCGAGUCGCUGGGGAGGAGUGGGAGGGUGAAGAGCGACUGGAAGACAGCGAGGAGGUGGGGCAAGGUGAGAAGACGGGCGGUGGGCGGAGCAGCGGACACCUGCCGCCACAUAAACACAGCCGGGCGCCACGGGACAGACAAGGUGAGAGACGGAGUAAAGAGCGGGAAGAGCCGCGGCCGCCGCUCGCCCCCAUGAUCGAAGAGUACAACCACGGCAAAGAGUUCCCCACGCUGAAGUCUCUGCCCGGCCUUCGCUUCAGGAUGAGAGCCGGCCCCCGAGAGUCCAGUGAGAGGGAGUGGAACUCGCCGCUGACCGAGCGGCAGCGUUACGACGAACGUGAAGAGCAAAAGAGCGGAUACGACGCUCCGCGGAGGUACGCCCCCCCCACUGACUCCAGACACCCUGACCCUCGGAGGCCAGAGGGUGCCCCGCCCUCCGGCACAGUGGUCCACAGGAACUGUCCGAGCCCGGCGGGUCUAGAAGCCCCGCCCCCGCGGUUCGAGCGGGAACGGCUGUCGCCUCUGCACCAGAAAGACGCGGCAGAGAUGAGUCCGAUCCCGCGCUUCGAGAGCCCCAACAGCGAGCACUCCGACGACGGCCCCCUCAAUCUUGAUGUCGCCCCCCCUCACCCUCCCCCUCCCCCCAAAUCCAUCCUGAAGGCACCGGCCCGCGGGGGGCCGCUGUCCUCCGUCCGACAGCACAGCAACUCGCCGGGACACACGCCUCCUCACGACGGAGGACACCCGCCCCCCCGGUACGACGGUAACGAACACAUGGGCCCCCCCAGACCACACCCCCCGGGCUGGUACGACGACUCAUCGCGGUUCGACGGGCCUCACCACCAGGGGCCCGGCCGGUUCGACGGCCUGUCUCACGGUCCGAUGAGAGGCGGAGACAGUAUGAGCAGGUUUGACGGCCACGCCCACCCUCAGGGCCCCGGGAGGUUUGACGGCCCCAUCGGCCAACAGCCCCCGGUGAGGUUUGUGGGACAGGGGCCCGGACCGGGACACUUUGAGGGCCCGAUGCAACACUUUGAACCCCCGCGGCGCUUUGAGAACAACAUGGCUCCUGGUCCUGGUCCGAUGGGCUUCCAGCAGCAGCGGCCCCUGCGCUUUGAGGGCCCCCCAAACCAAAUGGGCCCCAUGAGGUUCGAGGGUCCCAGUCGCUUCGAUGGACCCGGACAGCCGGGCCCCCGCUACGAGGUACCCAAUGUGCCUCACCAGGGCGGGCACCCGCACUUCGAGGGUCCCCCCAGGCAGCAGGGCCCCCCCAGGUUCCCGCCCCAACACAACUUGCAGCCCCCCAUGAGGCCGAUGGCCCCGCCCAUUUACGACAAUCCCAUGGCCCCCCAGCAGAACUUCACCAUGGCCCCCCAGCGUUUCCCAGAGUCCAUGAACCCCCAGUUCCCGGCGGCGCCAAUGGCGUUCCCGGCACAGCCGAACCUGCAGGCGGGAAACUUCAACAUGCAGCCAGCCCCGCCCUUCAGCCAGCCUGGCCCCGCCCCCUUCUACAACCCUGCUGCUCCUGCUGUCGGCCUGCAGCAGCCGGUGAACAUGUUGGCGAACAUGAACCAGCCGUUCCUGCCUCAGAACCCGGUGCCUUUCACAACACAGACUCCGCAGGUCGUCCCUCCAGAGAACCACUUCGGUCAGGUUGACGUCAACGACCUGCUCUCCAAACUCAUCUCCAACGGCAUCAUCAAACCCUCGCAGCCCGACGCCGCGCCGACAUUGCCGGACAACGAAACUUCUCCCGUGGCUCCAGCGGCGCCACCGGUGGUUGCGGAGGAGGAGGAAGAGGAGGAGCAGGAGGUGGAGGAGGACGAUUUCCCGGACCUCACCAGCUUCAGCAUCGACGACAUGAAACAGCGGUACGAGAGCGUGGUGACCCGGCUGUACUCGGGGAACCAGUGCUGUCUGUGCAGCAUGAGGUUCACCACGGCUCAGACCGACAUGUACGCUGACCACCUGGACUGGCACUUCAGACAGAACCACGCCGGAAAGGUCGCCAGCAAGAAGGUCACACACCGCCGCUGGUACUACAGCCUGACGGACUGGAUUGAGUUCGAGGAGAUCGCCGAUCUGGAGGAGCGAGCGAAGAGUCAGUUCUUCGAGAAGGAGAACGAGGAGGAGGUGCAGAAGAACCAGGCGGCGGCGAAGGAGAAAGAGUUCCAGAGCGUGAGAGCGACCAAGGACCAAGUGGGGGAGUUGUGUGAAAUCUGUCAGGAGCCGUUUGAGACGUACUGGGUGGAGGAGGAGGAGGACUGGUUCCUGAAGAACGCCAUCAGGGUCGACGACAAGAACUUUCAUCCCUCCUGUUUUGAAGAUUAUAAGAAUACGUCGUCGUAUCUCGACGUCACACCGUCGCCCAACAAGGUGCUCACCGAUCACCCGCUGAGCGUCUUCAUAAAGACAGAAGAAGAAGAUGAGGAAGAGGGAACUUCCUGCGCCGUCGCCUCCGCAGCCGCCGUCGCCACCGCAGCCGCCACCGCAGCAGCCACCGUCAAACAGGAGGCGGAGUCUGAGGCCGGCGAGCUUCCUGCUGUGAAAAAAGAGGAGGAGCCUGAGGUUUUAACAGACGAAGUGCAAUCAGAGGAGAGUAAAGCGUAGCCUCGGUCACUUUCCCGUUUUGGAGGGAAAGGUGUUUUUAGCGUGCGGAGGCCGGGUCCUCAGCAUCGAACUCUUAAAUACAUUUUUGUAUUUGAUGGAGCGUCGACCAUUUCAGGUCCGAUUCUCUGAAGAGAACACGUUGGUUUGGCUCCAAGUGUAAAUGAUUUAAUUUAUAAAUUAAAGUAUUUUUGGUAUCUCUGGUGUAACAGUGUUUGAAUCAUCAGCUGCUGCUGCCUGUUACAGUCUGUAAAUACUUGAUUGGUUAUUGAUUGGUUAUUGAUGAGUAGUUGCAGGUGUUGACUGCGUUAAAGGUAAGCAUGAAGACUCCUCCUGGUUCAGGAUCGGGUCCCGUCGAGGAUCCGGGUCGUCUCCUCUGUUUCCUCUGAGCUUCAAUAAAAGAGUCUGAAACUCG